CCUGAUGAGCUGACCAAUGCGUUGGAGAUCAGUAACAUAGUGUUCACCAGUCUGUUUGCCUUGGAGAUGUUACUCAAGGUGUUGGUCUAUGGGCCAUUCGGUUACAUCAAAAAUCCCUACAACAUUUUUGACGGAAUCAUAGUGGUCAUCAGGUAAGAUCUCACACACAACAAACUACACCAGAUUGUCAUUAAUCUCUCAUGGACAGAUGUACGUAACCUAAAUGGUAGUAGCAUCUGUCGACAGACUGUGGGAUGCCACGACUAACGAGGAACUUUCACACCGGGCGCAGACGUCAGUGCAACGUCUAGUUUUGAUUUACAUUUGGUUGAGUUGUCAACUAACGUGAAUUCAACGUGAAAUCAACAAAAAAAUUCACCAUAUUGUUGGAUUUUGUUAAAAGUUGAAUGGCCCUUACGUUGAUAACUUUGCAAAUCCAUUUAGUUUUCCACAUUGAUUCAACGUCAUCACAAACAUGGGUGGGUUGAAAUGAUGUGGAAACAACGUUGAGUCAACCAAUUUUUGCACAGUGGGUUGUUCCGGUAUGCUGAUUUUUUGUCACUGAUCGUUUGGACAAAUCACGAUUUUGCAGGUGCUCGCAUAUUUCGAAUUUCGGAAGGGGAGGGCCUAUAUACUUGCCGAAACUAUCUGACAGUUUCUGUUUAGAGAGUUGGAGACAUUUCUAGUCUUGUCAGUACAUUUUCAAUAUAAUACGUCUCCCCCAGAACUAAAUUGAGCAUCUGACAUAAUUACACAAGAUUUUAGUUCUGGGUGUCCGAGAUUAGGUUGUCAUAAACAAGGCUGUGUUUGAUUUACAUGACAAAUUAGUUUAUAACUUAUGGCACACUGCCAGUCUUCACUGUGUAAGAUAUCAAGGCCUCACUCAGGUUUGUAACAGCUUUAAAUAUGUAUUUUUCCUUCCAAUUAAUGGCUUAUCCUGUAACGGACAAUGAAUAUGUGUGGUCCUCUGUAGCUCAGUUGGUAAAGCAUGGCACUUGCAACGCCAGGAUAUUGGGUUAAUUAUCAGUAGGACCCAUACGUAAAACAAAUAUAUGCAUUCUAGACUGUAAGUCACUUUGGAUAAAAGCAUCUGCUAAAUGGUAUAUAGUAUAUUUAAGCAGUAAGGCCCGAGGGGGUGUACUAUAUUGCCAAUGUACCACAGCUAAGGGCUGUUCUUACGCAUGACGCAACGCGGAGUGCCUGGAUACAGCCCUUAGCCGUGGUAUGUUGGCCAUAUACCACAAACCCAUGCAGUGCCUUAUUUAUAUUAUAAACUGGUUACCAACGUAAUUAGAGCUGUAAAAAUAAAUGUUUUGUCAUACCCGUGGUAUACGGUCUGAUAUACCACGGCUGUCAGCCAAUCAGCAUUAAGGCCUCGAACCACCUAGUUUAUAAAUAUAAUAAUAUGUGUUCUCUCUCUCCUCAGUGUAUGGGAGAUCGUGGGUCAGCAGGGUGGUGGUCUGUCUGUGUUGCGUACCUUCAGGCUGAUGCGUGUGUUGAAGCUGGUGCGCUUCAUGCCUGCACUACAGAGACAGCUGGUGGUGCUGAUGAAGACCAUGGACAACGUGGCCACCUUCUGUAUGCUACUCAUGCUCUUCAUCUUCAUCUUC